AUGGGGGCUUCUUCCUACUCCCCUGUUGAAGGCCACCGGUCGGGACCCACUCGGGGAGCUUUGGAAUCACCUGGGCUGCAGGGGGUACGGGUGGGAGGAGGAGGAGGAGGAGGAGGAAUUGGGGAGGGCAGCGGCGGCGGAAGUUGGAACCAUGCAAGCCACCAUCCUGCUGCUGCUCUGUCCUUGUCUCUGCCCGUGACUCAACAUGACUCGUCUACUGCUGCUGCUGCUGCUGGUACGACUGCUAUCCGUUGUGCUGGACAGGAGGCGAUUCACCAGGGCCGUGCGCGGAUCCGCGGAUGGAUUACGCCCAUGAUCCCUGCCGCUGCUGUUCCUCCUCCUCCUCCCCCUCCCCCUCGUCACCCUGCUGCCGCUGCCGCUGCUGCUGCUGCUGCCGGUGCUGCCUUCUGUAGUAACGGGUCGGGCAGUGAAAGCGGCAGAAGUGGGGAUUGGAGGAGUGGGGUGUGUGCAGCGCGUGGGGGGGCAGAGGCGGCGGGUGCGGCGGCGGGGGCGGGGUGUUUUCCAGGCGGUGGGGAUGAGGAGGGGCAUGGGGGGGGCUUUGGUGGAGGGGGCGCAGGCGCGGGGGCGGGUGCAUGUGGAGGGCGGAGAGGCGGAGGGGGAGGAAGAGGAGGACGGGGUGGGGGUGGAGGGAGAGGGAGAGGGUAUAAACGGGGGCUGGGGUGCGACUGGACUACUAUGGAUGAGAGGGAGGAGACUGCUCCUGCUGGUACUGCUGCGUAUGCUGCUGUUGCUACUGGUGCGGUGAGAGGGAACGGGGUACCAGCACGGGCGAAUGUAUCAACUAUGAACCAGGUUCAGGCGCCAGGGGGGGCAACAUUUCCUGCUGCGUCGGCGAUGGAGACAGGGCAGGAGAAAAAAGCCGGGGUGGAAAAUCAAGAGGAGCUGGAUGUUCAAAUCUCCCUGGGAUCUCCACCGACCAUGUCAAGAGCCCCGUCUCGUUCCUCUCACUCUUCUCACCUGUUUCACCUGCCUCGAACAGGCUCGGAGAACCGCGUGGGAUCAGUGCAGCUUCACAUCCGCCAGGAGGAACCGCAGCCGCAGCAACAGCAGCAGCAGCAGCAGCAGCAGCAAUGGCAGCAGCAGCAGCAGCAGCAGCAGCAAUGGCAGCAGCAAUGGCAGCAGCAGCACCACCACAACCCGAACGACCAGGAACCUUACCAUUAUCCCAUGACACGAAGCUCUUCACCGCUUGUCCUUCCCUCUCUUCCUGUGCUCCCCUCUGGCCCUAUGAGUGCCACUGUAAGUCAUGCGAAGCAGUCUGGAGUGAAUUCUUUCAUCGGUCUGAGAUUGGUGUCUGCUGCUCCGGUUGCUGUUAUGCCUGGUGCUUGCACCGCCACCACUACCGCCACCACUACUGAAGCGGCAGCAUCAGCAAUAGCAACGGCACCACCAGCAGCAUGGGCUGGUGCUGGAUCCAGUCGUCUUCCCUCCCUUGCUCUCCUUGCAAGCAGCAGAAGCAAAGUCACUUCAAUCAGACCAGUAGCUCCGUCUGCUGCUAAUCACUUCACAACCACUGCGCCUCUAACCAACACAUCAGCCACCGCACCUGCCGUGCCUGCUACAGCCGCUACUGCUUCUCCUGCUACAGCUGCCACUCGUGGUGCUGCCUUUGCUGAUGCCGCACCUGCUGCACACACGCGCGAGCGCAUGAUGGAAGGGGAGGGUGCGGCUGUAUCGUCUCCUGGUAUCCACUCGUAUCCUCCGUUCGAGCCCACUGCGGCUGCUGCGGUGCGUACUGGUGUUGGUGUGGCAGGGAACUGUGCAGCACCCGGCUUUUGGACUGAAUCUCCUGUGGCAGCUUCUGCUGCUGCUGCUGCUGCUGGUGGUGGGAGUGGUGGCGGCUCUAAUGAAAGAAAUGGCGCUGGCGCUGGCGGUGAUGGUGUUAAUGGUGGUGGCAAUGGUGGUGGUGGUGUUGGUGGUGGUGGUGGUGGUGUUGGUGGCGGUGGUGUUUCUGCUGCUGCUGGAGGCAUGCGAUUGUAUCAGUACCGUAUGCAGCAGCAGCAGCAGCAGCAGCAGGAACAGCAGGAGCGGCAAUGGCCAGUGUUGAACCCGCAUGCGAGGGAGCGCUUAGCACCACCCCAGCAGCGUGCAGCUGACACCCUCAGCGAUCGGCACCAGUGGUGCAGGCAGCAGCAGGGGGAGGCGGAGCAGCAGAGGGCAGUCAAGGCACGUCUAGCAGCAGCCCAGGCACGUCACGGUCACUGGCACGCAAGGGGAGUGAAGAAGGUGCCUCAAGGCGAGCGUUUGGACAAUCUGAAGGAGACCCUGCCCAUCUGGAACCCGCGCAUGGACACGGCGACCAUGCUGGACGCGGCGGUGAACUACAUCGGGCUGCUCAAGCGCGAGGUGCGGCGCCUGCAGGUGGAGUGCGAGGAGCUGGGCAAGGGGCUGCCCCCGGGGGCCAAACGACCGCGCGUGACGAUUGAUGACGACAUGGAGACCCAGAGCACUGCUGCUGCUGCUGCUACUGCUGCUGCUGCUGCUGCUGCUGCUGCUGCUGCUGCUGCCGCUGCUGCUGCGGCGGCGGCGGCGGCCGCAGCUGUUGCUGAAGCAGGAAUGGGCUGCCCCCGGUGGUGA